AUGUCUGGAGGUGGUCUUCAGCCGGAUGUUGUCACUUACAGUAUCCUGAUAGACUAUUAUUACAAGAUUGGAAGAUGCACAGAAGCUAGGAAUAUCUUCGAUUCAAUGGUCCGGAGGGGUCAAAAACCCAAUGUUACCACCUACUGCAGUCUGCUUCAUGGGUACGCCACCAAAGGAGCUCUUGUUGAUAUGCAUGAUCUCCUUGAUUUGAUGAUUCGAGAUGGUAUCCCGCUUGAACAUCAUGCCUUCAACAUCCUGAUACGUGCAUACGCUAAUCAUGAAACGGUGGAUAAGGCAUUGACUGCAUUUAUAGAAAUGCGACAGAAAGAUGGAUAUUGCUUAGAUGGAAAGAUGAAUGAAGCAGUUAAGCAACUUCAUCGUAUGGUCUCCAUUGGCUUGCGACCUGACCAUUUUACUUACAAUGCUUUGCUUAAUGGCUACUUUGGUAGGAUUGAUGAAGCAAAGGGCCUGUUUUCGGCUAUCGUGAUCAGUGGUCCAUUGCCUGAUAGAAUAACCUACAGCUUAAUGAUACAAAGUCAUAUAGAAGAAGGUUUGUUGGAGGAGUCUGAUGAGCUUUUUCUAUCUAUGGAGAAGAAUGGUUGUGCUGCCGACUCACGUAUGCUAAAUGCCAUAGUUAGAAGACUACUUGAAAAAGGAGAUGUGAGAAGGGCUGGGACCUACCUUACCAAAAUUGAUGAGAAGAACUUCCCCCUUGAAGCUUCCACUGCUGCUUUGCUGAUUUCUAUUAUUUCAGAGGGGAAGUAUCAGGCAGAACAACUUGGAGCUCUAAGAUCGUUUAUUGCUUCUAUGACCAGGGGCGCCACCCUGCUAGACACCCUAACACAUGUCUCAUCAUCACAUGAUCAAUCAGACAGCUCUCUGCUUGACCAAAUCAUCAAGUUUGAUCUAGAGACUCCUCUGGAUGAGGAGCAAGUAAAUACCAAAGUGGUCGUUGUCCGGAGAGGCAAGAGUCAAGAGAGGAAGCUGAGAAGAAUGAGAGCGCCAGAGAAAGGAUCCAGGGUCUCGGUAAAAGUGAAUCCACCAAGACUCAGAAAAUCACGGAAGGCGAGUAGCAGCCAGUUUAUAUCCGAGUGGAAAAGUCACCCAAGACGAAGGAGCAUUGUGCAUGAGCAAUCAGCACUGCUAGAGACCAUCAAGGAAUGUGCAAGCCUUGAGAAGAUGAGGGAGAAGAUGGUGAAGGAGGGGCAGGAGGUAAGCUACCACAGGUGGGCAGAGGGAGCUGGUGUGGACUGUGGACGAGGCAGAGCUGAUGAGCAGGCUGCAGGCAGGAUACUGCUGCCGAGAGAGGCUGGUGGUGACCACCGAGUGGCUUGUCAGACUGGGAAGAUGGGUGUGCUUGAUGGCGCCGAGAAGUUUGACAGCCGGAAGGGGUGCAGGUUCUACACGUACGUCAAGUACUGGAUUAGGAAAGGGAUGCUCGCUCUCCUGGCUGAAAACUCAGGAGUCACCCUGCUGCCUGAGGUGAUCCCAGACGAGGCGGCGUCUCCGGAGGCUCCGAACGAGGCCGCGCUGUUCCGGGGCCAGCUGAGGGAGAGACUGUUGCUGGUGCUGGGUAGGCUGCCCGCGCGGGAAGGACAAGUGCUGAGGCUGCGGCACAGGCUGGAGGACGGACGGCCGGUGCAGGUCGCUGGAGGAGAUCGGCGGCAUCUACCGCGUCUCCAAGGAGUGGAUCAGGAAGAUCGAGAAGCCGGCCAUGGCAAAGCUCAGGGAUGA